AUGGCCGAUCUAAUUGCCUUCCAAACAUACCACCAUAGUAAUUUACGGCCACCGAAUUCGUCCACCAUGAUCUCGCGUCACGCCCAUAAGCGGUCUCUUUCUUCAGAGCAUCGCACUCUGUCCCCGGACAGGACCGUCACCAAGGCGAAAUCUACCACAAACCUCACUGAAAUCGCAUCCGACCCGAAGUUCCAUCCCAAGUACGAGGAAAGCAGCUUCAACACCUUACAGGAUCCACGCUUGCUCCUCGGCAAGGAGGUUUCACCAUCAACGUCAUCGACCCAUCAUCCCGACUUGAGCAAUGAAGUCGCGGCAUUGAGUGUGAAACUGAUCCAGGCGAUCAACAAUCAGACCUCGUUGGAUGACAACCUCGUUGCCACGCGACAAGAGCUGGAGACAGCUCAGAGCAAGAUCAAAGCCUUGGAGUUUCAAAAUGAGAAACAUCGUCGGGAUAUUAAUGAGCAAGUCUACAUCAAGAAAUCCGACUCCGAUCGUGAAAUCAUGCAAUUGAAAGCUGCGCUUGCCGAGGAGAGAGCCGCACGCGCCGUGGCUGAAAAGGGGACCAAGACCAUGGAGCAGGAGCUUGAGGCCCUGACCGCUGAUCUCUUCGAGGAAGCCAACAAGAUGGUGGCUGCAGCUAAGAAAGAACGGGAAGCGGUCGAGAAGAAGAACGAGCAAUUGCGCUCGCAAAUCAAAGACACCGAGUCUCUCCUCGCAUCUCACCAGGACCAGCUGGCGGAGCUCAAAUCUGUCAUGCAAGGGAUGCACCUGUCUAAAGACGAUGUGGAUACCCGAACCAACGCCUCAACCGCACCGCCGUCCCCAGCCGGCCCCCCACAACUGCAGGAUUCAGCCAAGCAAGUGUCCGAGGAUGUCGAUAUUGCGGCAACUCCGUGCAUUUCCGAAGAAUUGACUCCCGGCCCGUCAUGCAACUUCCCCGAAAUGAUCCGUUUGGUGUGCCGCACCGAUCUACAGGCUUAUGAUGACUUCCGCGAGCUUCUGGUGCUUGCUCGAGGCGCGAGUUCGAAACCUGCCAGUCGCGCCGGAAGUGGCUCGUAUUCGGGCUUGAAUGUGAUGAGCUUGGCUGGAUUUGGCGGUGGUAACUCGAAUACAUCGUCGCCUACCAAGGGCUUCACACACUCUCCCAAUGGGAGUCUGUCUUCGCAAACCGGCUCGCAUAUCCCUCUCAAGGACACUAGAUUCUAUAAGCGAGUGUUGAUGGAGGACAUUGAGCCUACACUCAGACUUGACCUCUCCCCAGGCAUUUCAUGGCUUACUCGACGCACUGUUUUGAGUGGGAUCUGUGAGGGCACUCUUGUCGUGGAACCUAUGCCGUCAGCGACCAAAGUAUACGAAUUCCCUUGCUCGGUUUGUGGCGAGCGCAGACCAGGAGUUCAAAACGACCGGACACACCGCUUCCGAACAUCGGACAGUGAAACAGCCCAACGAUAUUCCUUGUGUAUUCAGUGCCUGGAGAGGGUCCGUUCCUGCUGCGAGUUCACCGGCUACCUGCGUCUUAUCCUAGACGGACACGUCCGCGCCGGUGACAGCGAAGAAGAAAAGGAUGUCUGGGAAGAAACUGUUCACUUAAGAGAGCGCAUGUUCUGGUCUCGAGUUGCAGGCGGUAUCGUCCCGCAAUUCGCCCGAACAGCCGAGUCUGCAACAGUUGAAGUUUCACAAGAUAAAUUCUUACAUCCUAUGGACAACAACUUCGUUGAGCCCAAAAUCGAGGAGAUGAAUCGUAUCAUUGAGGCCUCUCGCCCUAACACAUCAUCUUCCAUGGCAGGCCACUCAAUCCGCUCCUUUGGUAUGGCUAAGCCUGUCACUCCGGAUCUCCCACACAGGGAUGAUGAUGCCUCCGCAGAUGAAGCACAUUGCAGACGAGGCUCCGUCGACUCCGAUGUCAGCGUCUAUGAAGAAGCCAACGCAGAUGUCUCCGCCGACAGGGAGCCUGUGGUCGAGGAGUCCGAAUUCGAACACGAACAGCCCGUCACCGAAGCGCCUGUGACCGAGGAGCUCGAAUCUGAAGAAUCCGUGCCCGAAACUCCCGUGACGGAGAAGCCCGAGGUUAAGGAGCCUCUCACCGAAGCACCUGUGACCGAAACCCCCAAGGUCGUGGAGGCCGCCACGGAGAAGGCCGAGGCUGAACAGUCCUCUUCUCACGAACCCUCUAGCACUGAAGCCACGUCUAAAAAUGCGGAUUAA